UCACUUUGUAACGCAUGUGGAAUUCGACAAAGGAAAGCAAGGAGAGCCAUGGCAGCAGCAGCAGCUGCAGCAAAUGGGACAAAUUUCACGACUGAAACAUCAACAACAACAACAGCAACAGCAACAGCAAUGAAGAUAAAAGUGCAACAGAAACAGAAGAUAACUACAAAAGUGAAUAACAAUCAUGUUGUACCCUUCAAGAAAAGGUGCAAAUUCAUAACAUCUACUACUGCUGCUGCUGUUGGAUCAUCUUCAUCUACUAUUAAUAAUGCACAAAAGAAGAUUUGUUUCGAGGAUUUCUUCGUCAACUUGAGCAACAAUUUGGCGUUACAUCGCGUUUUUCCACAGGAUGAGAAGGAAGCUGCAAUUUUGCUAAUGGCACUAUCUAGUGGCCUUGUUCAUGGUUGA